AUGGCUAGCAUCCCGGAGACAGACAACACCAUCCCAUCUGCGACUAUGUCUAAACUGGCACGGAGUCUUCUCGAUGACACUAUUUACAACAUCAUCCAUGAUAUCGUCGCCGAAGUACAUCGUGAAGAGAAAAUAGCACGUAUGAGGUCAGCUGUCGUUCUUGCAAAGAAGCUUGGUGAAGAAGAAGCAGCCCGCAUACAAGCCAACGAACCUAGGGAAUCUGAAAGCGGAACUGUCUCGACUAUUGUGAACAAAAAGGUCAACAAGACUGUCAGAGUUGAGACAGACGGUGCAAUAUACGACAAUGGAAAAGUUUAUCUCAAAGGAAAUCCAUUACAAACGACCAAAGAAAUCCUGUGCCCGAACUGCUUCCUUCCUCGCCUUCUCUACCCGCUUACCGGUGUUGGCGCUAGACCUCCCCCUGAUCCAUGCAAAGAGUACUGUAAAAAGCAUCCCCCAAUCAUCAUGCCUGGCCAUGAUGUUCACGGUAAUCCAUUCGCAACCGACAAGAUAAACAGGAAGAAGAAGCAACAGCCGCAACACCAAACUACUGCAAACACCCCUGCAUCCAGUCCUCCAUCCACCCCAUCAACACCAGCAAACUCAUUUAAACAGGUCACAACUGAGAAAAUCUCAUUCCCCACCGUGAAAUGUCCAAACUGUCCGCGCUACUUCGUCGUCACCAGAGUCGCCCAGCACCUCGAUAGAUGCCUCGGAUUGUCAGGCAGACAGACUAAACGCAUCCUCACCCCACUAGAAAGCGGAACAAGUACACCGGUGCCUCCUCCCAUGAAACCGUCAAACCUCAAACGCUCUCUCCCCAAUGGCGACGAUGAAACGGGCACUGGAACCGUCCCUAAGAAGAAGAGACUCAACACCCCAAAGAAAUACUCCAGCAAUAAGUCCACCCCACCAAGCAAACUGAAAAACGGAACUACCCCGGACAUGGCAGCGGCCAUAGAAUUUGCUGCGCCAACACCUGCUUCCACCUUUGGUGGAGACGGCGAUUCUGGAAGCACAACAACUUCAACAUCGAGUAAGAAGAAACUAAACCCACCAGAAGGCAAAACUGGCAAACUAAAACGAAAUGAGAUUAAAGAUAGGUAA